AUGAGGUUAAGUAGAUUGGAGCAUUCACGUGUCAAUUUUCGUAUUGUUUAAAUUGACAGUCCAACAUGAAAAGUAAAAAAAGAACGAGGACCGAAGUGGACAAAGAAAUGGGCAAUUUAGAAGAUAUAAAUAUGAACGAACUGACAAAUUCUGAAGAUGAAUAUUCGGAAACUGAACGGAAAUUACUUCAAAAAGUACGAAAUAGACAAGCAGACUCUAUGGAAUCUGAUAUCGAAGGAUUACGAGAAAAUUUUGACUUACCAAAUGAGAAAGCUUGGGGUAAAAAGAAAAGAGCUUAUUAUUCUACAGAUUAUGUAGAUCCUGAUUAUGCGACUAGCAGCCACAAGGAUUUAGCUGAUGCUGAAAUGGAAGAAGAAGAGGCUAGAAACAUUCAAAGAAGAUUAGCAGAACAAUUAGACGAUGCUGAUUUUGGGUUAGAUUUUAUAGAGUCGACAAAAGAUGAUGACAAAGGAAUUCAGGAAGCCACAGACCAGUUUGUAAAGACUGAUCUCAGUAAACUUAGUAAAAGACAAAAACAAGCAAUAAUGCAGAAAGAAAGUCCUGAAUUUAUGGCAUUGGUAAAUGACUUUAAAGGUCGAAUGACAGAAGCAAGAGAUGUAUUGUCACCAUUCUUAAAAUUAGCUAACACUGAAGUAUUCUUUGGUUGUCCUGCUGUAUUUUUUGUGAAAACAAAGUACUACAUUUUAUUGAAUUAUUGCAUUAAUAUUUCUUUUUAUUUGAUGCUGAAAGCUAAGAGAUUACCUGUAAAUACUCAUCCAGUCAUAAAACGUUUGGCACAGUACCGUCAGUUAUUAAAUCAAUUGGAGUCAGGACAAGGAAAUUUAAUACAAGAAAUCAAGGAAAUAUUGAAUGCUGAAAAACAAGGGAAACCACUGUAUAAUGUGUCCAAUGGUACUGAAGUGAGAACCAACAGAAAGAAAAUUACUAGUCAUUUUAAAGAAAAACUAAAACACUUAAAGAAAUCUAUAAAAGAAAAAGUUAUAAUUCAUCAUCUAUCAGAAUCCGAAUAUGACACGAGAAACAAAGACUUUGUAGAUGAAAUGGAAGAUUCAGAAGGUCAUGCAUCCAUAGAAAAAGCAGAAGACGUUGAAAAUGGUAUAGGCAUAGAUGAAGAAGAGGAAGUAGACGAUACUACCAUGGCAGAUCGGAUGACUGAAUGUGAAGGAAAGAGAGCAAUUACAUAUCAGAUAGCGAAAAACAAAGGUUUGACACCGCAUCGUAAAAAAGAACAACGCAAUCCCAGAGUAAAACAUAGGAAUAAAUAUCGUAAAGCCAAAAUUCGCAGGAAGGGCGCGGUAAGAGAAGUGAGAAAAGAAAUUACUCGUUAUGCUGGAGAAAUAUCAGGUAUCAAAGCUAGUGUAAUGAAAAGUACUAAGUUAAAAUAA